AUGGCAACGACGAACGGAAACUUUCCGGUUCUUGAUGGGAGAAAUUACGAUCAGUGGAGUAUGAAGAUGAAGGCGAUCCUCGGUUAUCAAGAUGUGUGGGAUCUGGUGGUGAACGGACUUGAUCUGUUGCCGGUGAAUCCAACCACUGCGCAACAAGCGAUAUAUAGAGAUGCGAAGAAGAAGGAUUGCAAAGGUUUGUGCAUUCUGCAUCAGUGUGUGAAUCAAGAAAUUUUUGAGAAAAUUGCGAGAACGGAGACGAGCAAAGCGGCGUGGGAUGUUCUCGCGAGCUCCUAUGCCGGUGAUCAGAAAUUGAAGAAAGUACGGCUUCAAACUCUAAGGCGACAAUAUGAAUUGCUAGGCAUGGAAGAGAGUGAGACAAUUGCUACUUAUUUCACUCGUGUUCAAACCAUGACAAAUCAAAUGCAAUCGUGUGGUGAAACUCUGUCUGAUGAGAAGAUUGUUGAGAAGAUAUUACGAUCGAUGCAUUCGCGAUUUGAUCAUGUCACGGUAGCGAUUCAAGAAUCGAAGGAUCUAUCAACACUAAAAUUGGAGGAGCUUCAAGGAUCACUUGAAGCACAUGAACAACGAAUGAAUGAGAGGAAGUCUGUGAAGCCUAGCACUGAACAAGCACUCAUGGCAGAAAGUGGAAACAGAAGUCGUGACAGUCAAGGAGGACGUGGCAGAAGUAGAAACAAUUACAGAGGAGGAAAAGGCAGAGGUAACAAUUGUAACUCAAACUUUGGUAGAGGAAACUCUAGUAAUAAUUACAAUAGUGAACAAAAGAACAAUAACAGUGAAAAUUAUAGAAGAAGAGGUGGAAGAGGUGGUAGAGGAAGAGGUGGAAGAGGAGGAAGAAAAACUUAUAAGAGUCACAUUCAAUGCUAUAAUUGUGAGACAUACGAUCAUUUUGCCGAUGAAUGCUAUAGUAAUCCAAGCCACACUAAUGCAAGAUUGGCUCAAGAAGAAGAUGAGAAGGAGGAAAUUCUGUUAAUGGCAGUAGAGGAGGAAAUUGGUGAUGAUGGAGUGGAAGAAAUAAGAAAGGAGAAAGUAGAUAUAGAAGAAGUGUUAUUAUGGUGA